AUGGCCCCCCAAAAACUUCUUGACGGCCUCGUUGCGCUCGUUACUGGUGGUGGCAGCGGAUUCGGAGAGGGUAUUGCUCAGCUCUUUGCCGAGGAAGGUGCUAAAGUGGUCAUUCUUGAUAUCAACCAGGAAGGGGGGCAAAGGGUGGCAACCAAUAUCACAACAGCUGGCCUUGUAGCCACUUUUGUCAAGGCUGAUGUAACAAAGGCAGUUGACUGGCAAGAAGCAGUGGACACAACUCUGACUCAAUUCGGCCAAGUGGACAUCCUGGUAAACAACGCGGGAUGGACCUAUCGCCGGAAAGCAUCUCUGGAUGUGACCGAAGCAGAAUAUGACCGUAUCUUUGAUAUCAACGUGAAGAGUAUCUACCAUUCCAUAAAUGUGGUCUUGCCCCAUUUCCUGAAGCAAGGUCGUGGAAGCAUUGUCAAUAUUUCUUCGUGUGUGACGUCCAAGCCGACCAGCGGUUUGCUGUACUAUAACGCCACGAAGGGCGCCGUAGACUUGCUGACGCGAGGCCUCGCGGCGGAAUACUCCAAUCGCGGCAUCCGCGUGAAUGGCAUCUCACCAUCUCUAGGCAAUACUGCUCUGGUAUCCGAGUUCGUGGGCGAAGAGUUCAGUGCUGACAUGGCUAAGGUGCAAGCGACAGAAGCUCCAGUGCAACGCAUGGUCACACCACUGGACAUCGCCAAGGGCUGCCUGUACCUUGUCUCGCCAUACUUCAAUGAUUUCCAGACGUAUGUUUCUAUCCGAUAUUCCUAG